AUUAUUUGUCUCUGCCAAAACUUUAGCCUGUCCUCUAAGGACGAAGAAAAAAAAUGUCUCUGCUAAUGAUCAAAUCAAAGAGAAUUAUAAUAUAUAUGGAAACAUAAAAUUCUCUUUCAUUUAGUACGAAUUUGGCGUGAUAGGUAGUAGGUACUGAGUGUAACCAAAUAAAUAAUUAACCACUACAUUUAUAAAUAGUGAUAUGAGUAUAGGUAUUCAAAGCAAAGUAAUUAUUUGUUUAAACGAGUGUGAAGUUAUUAAAGAAAAUAUAUAAUUUUAUCUCAGUGACCAUCUAAGUGCAAAGCAAGUGAUUGGAAUAAUGGCUCCAUCACUAUUUAGUUAUGAGACAUUAGUCCAUGCAGUUGCAGGAGCUACGGGUAGCAUAGUGGGUAUGGCUGUGUUUUAUCCACUAGAUACAUUGAGGUCAAGAUUACAAGUUGAAGAUUCAAAUAAGCUACAUGGCUCAUCUUGGGAGCUAUUAAUGAAGCUAGCUAAUGAAGAAGGCCUUGAAUCAUUGUAUAGAGGGUUAUCACCAGUGCUGCAAUCUUUAUCAGUAUCUAAUUUUGUUUAUUUUUAUUCAUUUCAUGCCUUGAGGAAACUUUCCCCAAAGCCUACAUCAGCAUUACAAGAUCUUAUGUUUGGUAUUAUAGCUGGAAGCAUAAAUGUUAUAUUAACUUCCCCAUUAUGGGUUGUAAAUACUAGAAUGAAGUUAGAGAAAACAAACUGUAAUACCCUUUUUGAAGGUCUUAUUGAGCUUGCUAAAAAUGAAGGUGCAAAAGGACUUUGGUCAGGUACUGUACCAUCUUUGCUUCUAGUUUCUAAUCCAGCUAUCCAGUUCAUGGUUUAUGAGUCAUUGAAAAGAAAAUUAGUGACCAAAGGGUCUUUUGAUACAUAUACUGCAUUUAUGAUCGGAGCAGCUGCCAAGGCAGUUGCAACAACAUUAACAUAUCCAUUGCAAUUAAUUCAGUCAAGGCUUCGAGCCGGUACCAGUAUGAAACCUUUGCUGAAAGACAUCAAAUACAACCCACUGGUAUUAUUCCGUGGGCUGGAAGCAAAACUUUUGCAAACUGUCAUGACGGCUGCUCUGAUGUUUCUUACUUAUGAGAAACUUGUUCUCCUGGUAUUAUCUAUUAUGAAAGGGAGAUAUCAUAAACGCCAGUGAUAGUCAAAAACUUGUUUUAGAUACAUACUAAGUCACGUUUAAGUUAUUCAAGUCACAACUGAAGAUAAGAUUUAAAAAAAAAUGAUAAAAUAGAUAACUUACUGUGAAUUGUAGCUUUGUUAUCCUGUAAAGUGAUUUAAAAGAUAAUAUUUAUUUAUAACUUAAAAAUGUGGUUGAGUGGAUUAUUUAUUUAAGUUAUGAUCUGUGAUGAUGUUUUUUAAUUAUACCUUGACAAUUUAUGAUUUAUUUGCACUCUAUUUUUUUGUUGACCAUGACAAUGUAAAAUAAUGUUACUAUGCAUAAUGAAAUACCAUGUCAAAUUAGGUAUGCGGGCUAUUAAGAACUAGGUAUGAUAAUUUUAUAAAGAUACCCUCUUAUUCAUAGACGUUUUUUAUCUAAGGACGGAGUAAAGCUGUGAUAACAAGUCUCUUUCUCGGUGCUAACGGCAUGGCAGCCUUCGCAGUGCGUAGAUAUAGGGCCGCGGUGAUUGGCUAACAUUAAGAUACAACAACAUCUAUAAAUAAGGGGGUAAGAAGAUAAUAAAUCACUUAUUUCUGAUUAGGUGCUUGCACACAGCAGUUUGCUAUACUUAUUAUAUUUAUUGCGUUGUAAGUAAACAUACCAUUUUGUUUUGUAUAUUUGCAAGUUUAUAGAGUUACAAUAAAUAAUGUGGUACAUAUAAGUGCUCAUAAUUUUCAUCAAAGAAGGUUUUUACAAUUAUGUUAAAGUGAUAUAUACAGACCUUUGCCCUGCAUUUGUGUGGUGGUACCCGUUAGCACCAUUUUACAGUUGUAAAUAGUUAUUUUAUUAUACUGAUAAUUUCAUUGUAGGUGAUUGGUGUGGGAGGAGGGGUUGAAAUGUAUAUUGAUAUAAAAUGCUUGGUAAAAAAAAAAUAGGUAUUCAUUCCUUUGUUGCGGGUAUAUUUGUUAUUUUAUUUUAUUUUUUGUUAAUAAAAAUGCUUACAAACUAUUUAUUUCAAUUCACAAAUUAAUUACGCAACACUUUUAAUCAUUUUCAUAUUUUCUGAUGCUCUGACAACCGCUUGCGUGUAUUCCUUUACCAGUGAAUCCAGUUCAUCGUAAACCUGGUACAAAAGAUAACAAAAGUAUGUAUUGCAACAGAAUUAAAGGUCAAUGUGCCAAUUUACAGAUAUUUUCUUUAAAUCUUCAUUUCAUAAUUAGUUUGGGUUAAACAAAAUUUGUUUCACAUGCUUUGAAAUAUUUUAAACGUAACUUUUGUGCAAAUAUGGCAUCAAGCGCCAAAUUGUCAUUUUAUUGAUUAAUUAUUAGAAUAGAUCAGUCUUUUCAUUAGCAUACGCGUAAUCGCUUAAGUGCGUAAACUGAUGUUAUAUUGCGAAUACAACAGUCCCCUAACACUUAAAA